AACCUUCUGUUGGUUGGUUUGGAGAGAACUCGAAAAGGAAGAAGCCAUGGCAGCUGAGCUCAGACUUGGAGGAGCAGCCCUAGUACUAGCCCUACUAUUUUCGAUCUCAUCUCAUUUCUCACUUCUCAACGCUUCCUCCUCCCCUCAGGACAUUCAGAUCGUCAACGCCGAGCGCAGAAUUGACUUGACUUCUCACAUUAUUAAAGUCUUCUUAACACUGAAGAUUGAAAAUACUGGGACAUCUCCUGUGUCUGAAGUACUCCUUGCAUUUCCACCCACCGAGGUUGAUCAUGUCGCACUGGUUAAAGCAGCAGUCACUGCUGGAAAAAAGAAGAAGAAGACUUAUCACCCCCUCGAUGUGAAACCUUCUGAACAAUCCAAUGCACCAAAUGGAGCCAAAUUUUUCAGUAUAUCCUUGCUCAAACCAUUAGGCAAAGGUGAAAUGGCAACACUAGAAGUGCUUUAUGAAUUGACCCAUUCUCUUGAACCUUUCCCGUUGGAGAUAAGCCAAUCGGAAUCUCAGUUGGUGUACUUCCGUGAUAGUGCAUUAUUGUUGUCACCGUACUACAUUAAGCAACAGACAACUUUUAUUAGGACUCCAAGUACUAAGGUGGAAUCUUUCACCAAAUUGGAGUCUACUAAUCGUGUUGGUACAGAACUAAAGUAUGGGCCAUACAGUGAUCGUGCCCCCUAUUCGUUUUCACCCAUCAUUGUUCAUUUUGAGAAUAACAAUCCAUUUGCUGUUGUUGAGGAGCUUGUACGUGAAGUGGAGAUAUCUCACUGGGGCAGCCUUCAGAUCACAGAGAAUUAUAAGCUGGUUCAUGCUGGUGCUCGACACAAAGGUGUCUUUUCAAGGGUUGAAUAUCAAUCAAGGCCAGCUCAGAGUGGCGUCUCUUCAUUUAAAAGGAUUUUGGCAAGGCUACCACCUAGGGUUCAUUCAGUAUACUACCGAGAUAACAUAGGGAACAUCUCAUCAUCACGCCUACGCACAGAUUAUCAGAAAUCAGAACUUGAAAUUGAACCAAGGUAUCCUUUGUUUGGUGGUUGGAAAGCUACUUUUGUCAUAGGCUAUGUGCUACCACUGCAAGACUUCCUUUUUGAAUCAUCUGAUGGGAGGAGAUACCUGAACUUCACUUUUGGUUGUCCUCUUAUUGACACAGUUGUAGACAAGUUGACCAUCAAGGUUGUGCUGCCAGAGGGAUCAAAAGACUCGUCUGUUGUUACUCCUUUUCCAGUAGAGCAGCAGUUGGAGACUAAAUAUACAUAUCUUGAUGUGGUUGGAAGGACCGUCGUAGUUCUUGAAAAGAAAAAUGUGGUCCCCGAGCACAACUCUCCUUUCCAGGUUUACUACAACUUCAAGCCCAUUUUCAUGCUUGCGGAACCGUUAAUGCUGGUGGUAGCAUUCUUUUUGUUCUUCGUAGCUAGCACAGCUUACAUGCACAUAGAUCUUUCCCUAAGCAAGUGAGGAGCAUUUUCAUAAAUCUCUAGACUAAUUACAUUAGAAAUGCCGUGAUAUUCGUUGUAAUUUAUAGCUCAAAUGGUUGUAAUCACUUUCAACUUGGUUGAUAUGAGUAUGAACCAGAAGAGUCGGAGAACAUUUUUAAGUUGCAGCGAAUAGGAUUACUGAAUUUUGAAAA